GCAGAGUGGGAGGGCCCGGCGGUGGCAGGCACAGCUUUUCUCUGGUGCGCGAUGUGGAUGAGGCAGAGGUCUGGCAGUUGGAAGAGAGAGGAAGUCUCUAUAGAGUGCUGAGAAAAAGGUUUGCUGCAUUCAGAGAAAAAAAAACGCCAGCUUUGAGAGUCAGUUCUGUCUCCCAGGGAAAUGCUCCUUUUGCCACUUCUGUUGCUCAUGGUUCUCAUCCCAGGUGGUGACAACGAGCCAGCUUUCCAGGGGCCGACCACUUUCCACCUCAACCAGAUAUCGUCCUUUGCCAACAGCACCUGGGCACAAAACCGGGGCUCCGGCUGGCUGGGCGAUUUGCAGAUUCAUGGCUGGGACAGCGAGUCGGGCACUGCCAUUUUCCUGAAGCCUUGGUCCAAGGGCAACUUGAGUGAUGAGGAGGUGACUGAGCUGGUGGAGAUCUUCCGAGUCUAUUUGAUCGGAUUCAUCCGGUUCAUACGGGAUCACCUCAGUGAAUUCCAGCAGACAUAUCCCUUUGAGAUCCAGGGCACAGCCGGCUGCGAACUGCACGUGGGCAAGGCCACGGUCGGCUUCCUGCGGGGAGCACUAGGGGGAGUGGACUUCAUGAGCCUCCGGAAUGGGACAUGUGUGCCUGCUGCGGAGGCCGGCAGCCGCGCCCGGUGGUUCUGCACGCUUUACACGCAGUACCAAGGCAUCUCUGACAUCAUCGGGAAUCUCCUCUAUCGUACCUGCCCCCGGUAUCUCUGGAGUGUCCUGGAAGCAGGGAAGGCAGAGCUGCAAAGGCAAGUGAAGCCUGAGGCCUGGCUGUCCAGUGGCCCACCUCCUGGCCCUGGCCGUCUGCGGCUGGUGUGCCACGUCUCAGGAUUCUACCCCAAAGAGAGGAAAUUCAACCUCCCUCACUGUGAUAUUUUUGGCAGUGAUAUUGCCCACCUUGACUCUUUUGAUAUGUCUUACUUUAUGGUUUUGGAGGCGCUGGUGGUGACUGAGGGCAUGGGAGAUAAGACUAAGAACUUUCACACAGGUUUUCAAAAGUGGGAGCUAAAUAGACGCAUUGGUGAGUCUAUAAAAGAAACACAAUUAUUUGAGGAAUUUGAAGGGAAUUUUUCACUGUUGGCAGGAAGUUUAACAAAGGGGAUCUGUGAGUAUGACUAUGGGACUACUCCCAAUGAAACACAUAAGAAGGGGAAUUUCUUCUUAAAAGAGACCUAG